GCAGAGUAACAGGUUGGAGAGACUCCUUGGAGGACCUGGGGUUUGAUGAGCUUGAUCAACCUGGUGGUGACAGAGGAAUGAAAUGCUUCUUGGGCUUUAGCUGUGAGGAAGGAAUCUAAAGAAGGCUGCUUGUUGUUUCUCUUCUUGUCUAUUUGAGGAUGUUUUCUUGUCAAAGAAGUUGUCUCAGCGCUGCACUCAGGCCGGCCAGUCGUUGAUGGAGUUCUUGCAGGGGAGCGGUGACUACUGCCACGCCCAACAUCUCAGCGCUUGAGCCCAGGCCCCCCGGGGGGAGGAUGGCCUUGCUGCCCUGCUGCACCUCCCACCCCUGAAUGCCCACAGCCAGGUCGCCCUCUCCACCCAGACACCCCCACUCUGACUGUAGACUGACCGACGGACGGCAGGCCCACUAACUCACCAGAUGGGGUAGUGAGUAUCGGUGGCCAAGGGCAGCGUAAGCUAACGGACAGCUACCUCUUCACCCCCCCCCUCCCCCGGCACCUUACUCUUCACCCUGUCCAACCCCACUCUAUUCCCAGCACCCCAAGACACCCUGGACAGGAGAGACUUGAGAGGACCUUGUAAAGUCCUUCUGAGGUGGGGUGUUGUUGCUGGGGUUUGUUCCUCAGCCUCAAGAGAGACUAGCAGGGGUGACUUGGCUUCCUGCCCGGCUUCCUGCCUGCUGCGUCAGGACAGUGUAGUGUAGCUGGUGGGCUGGGUGCUCCUCUGUCAGGGUGAGUUUGGGCCCCUGGGUCUGGGUCGACGUCGUGGCGUCUUCUCCUGAGAGUGGGAUCCUCAGUGUGUCCAGAAUGAACCGUCCGGCUCCCCCCGUCGAGGUCUCCUACAAGAACAUGAGGUUCCUCAUCACACACAACCCCACCAACGCCACCCUCGACACCUUCAUCGAGGACCUGAAGCAGUAUGGUGCAACAACAGUGGUGCGGGUGUGUGAGGUCACCUACGACAAGACACCUCUGGAGAAGGAUGGCAUCACAGUCAUGGACUGGGCCUUUGAUGACGGUGCCCCUCCUCCCACUAAGAUCGUAGAUGAUUGGCUGAACCUGCUGAAGACUAAGUUCCGUGAGGACCCUGGCUGCUGCGUGGCGGUGCACUGUGUUGCCGGGCUGGGACGGGCUCCUGUGCUGGUGGCUCUGGCUCUGAUCGAGGGCGGGAUGAAGUAUGAGGAGGCAGUUCAGUUCAUCAGGCAGAAGCGCAGGGGAGCGAUCAACAGCAAGCAGCUGACCUACCUGGAGAAAUACCGCUCCAGACAGAGACUACGCUUCAAAGACCCUCACAAACACAAGAACAAGUGCUGUGUGAUGUGAUGAUGUGGUGUGACCCCGCAGCCCGCCUGUUCUGACCCAUAUAGAACGACUACAUGAACUUUAACAUUGGACCGACCUCCACCCCGCUAAGAUGCAUUUAGGACUUGACCUGUUGUCUGUUUCCAUGGGGACAGUUAGUUGCCACUGUUCUGUUGGGAUUCUUCUGCUUCUCAUUCUCAGGGCUGUUAGAGACCAUCUCCUCUCUGAUGUCUUUGAAUGAACACGUUCGUCCCCAACUGCCGGCCAAUUGAUCUCAUAGAGAGGAAAAACAAACGAGCCCUAUUUCCAUCAAGUACACACACACACCCACACACACACACUGACACACACUAUUUUGCACUGAUUGUAACAUACUGUGACAUACACACACAGCGCCAUUGACCACCAGACCAACCCCUCAACCAGCAGCAACACUGUCAGCUUGGUCCCAGGCCUGAUUGUUCCUCUUUCCUCCCUGCUGCUAGGUAGCACUGACCCAACCCAAAGCACUGUCAAUGAAACACACCGACCCAUCACUAGCUGUCACAACAGGUCUGCAUCACCAUACACCAUGUUAACUGAAAGCCCCUGCUAGCCAUGAUGACAUGAAUGAAAUAAUCAUGAAAAAUAACAGAUUUUAUGCUGUCUGUGUGUUUUUAUCUCAAUGUUUCAAGGAAAUCCAGUUUAAUGUCUUUGUUCAAUUGAAAUGCCAUCCACAGAGCUCAGCCAUCUUGCUCCUUGCUCCGUUUUCAUAAUGCAUGUAAGUUAACACUUGUUAGAAUCAUGUCCUUGUCUCCUUGUCUUGAGGAUAUGGGGAUGCGGGAUGGGACUUAAAAUAGGACGAGGUUUUGUGCUGAGUCGCCGGUUUUUUAAAUAGCAAUAUUUUUUACAUUGUGAUAUGAAAUACUCUGGGAUUAGGAUUCUUCACCACUGACUGCUUCUGUUGUACAACAUGAAGGAUCUCAGUGUAUCAUGUAGGAGUCAGCUGAGCCUGGGUGGGCUUGGUAGGCAACACCGUCUGUGUCCCAGAUGGCACCCUAUUCCCUAUAUAGUGCACUACUUUUGACCAGAGGUCUAUGGGCUACAAUGCCUUGAAAUAUACACAAAAACAUGGACUCGCACUGAUCCUAUGGGCUCCGGUCAAAAGUUGUGCACUAUAUAGGGAGUAGGGUGUCAUCUGGGACGCGUACUAUGCUUUGGGAACAUAAACAUGGCGGUGCCCCGUAGUCGUCUCUGGGAUGAAAAACAGCCAACUGAACCGUCUGCUCAGAAAUAACGUCCUGGCUCUGUAUCUGUCAGUGUGGAUAGAAAUGUCUCUCAUCUUGCCUCUGAAAUAGCACCCUAUUCCCCUUUUAUAGUGCACUACUAUAUAGCACACUUUUGACUAUAGUCCUAUGGGCUCUGGUCAAAAGUAGUGCACUAAAUAGGGAAUAGGGUGCAAGACGCAGUCUCAGUUAAGGACAGGUACUGAAGGAAUGACUGGUAUCCUAGGAAGAAAGCUGUCACAUUUAUCUGCUGCCUUGGAAGUAACCCACUUCAGAUUGUUCACAGUUAAUGAAGUACAAUAAAUAAAGUAAUUGUUUAAAGUAAA